AUGUUUUGUGAUUGCAUCGGAUAUCUGCCGCCAGUAUUGUCAUUAUACCCUAUAAUUGUUUUGCGCGGAAAUCUGGGAGUCGGAAAAUUUGGUACGCCGGAAAAGGACCUUGACGAGAUCCGGGAAACGUUUUCUUACAUCCGUUGCCGGUCGGAACCCCGCCGCGUGCUAGAAGAGGCGGAGACUGUUCAAAAAUCCAGUACGACAAGUGAUAGUAGAGAAAAUGGGAGUAACAAUUAUGCAGAAUUUGAUAUAAGAAAGAUCUUGAAGGAUGAAGAUGAUGGGAUUGAAGAAUUUAAGAGCGAUCCUUCGCAGCCGUACAGCCUCGGUCCAAAGAUUUCAGAUUGGGAUCAGCAAAGAGGUGAGUGGUUGAAAAACAACCCAAAUUUCCUGAAUUUUAUUGCUCCUAAUAAGCCUAGAGUGUUGUUAGUUACUGGGUCAUCCUCGAAGCCAUGUGAGAAUCUUGUGGGGGAUCAUUACUUGUUGAAAUCUAUAAAGAAUAAAAUUGAUUAUUGUAGGCUACAUGGUAUUGAGAUUUUUUAUAAUAUGGCUUUGCUUGAUGCGGAAAUAGCGGGGUUUUGGGCAAAACUACCUUGGAUUUUUUUAAAAUUGAUCAUCGUGUUUUUGAUUUCUGUGGUGAAGAAAUAA